GCCGGGCCAUGCGCUGCUGCUUGUGACAGGGUCACUCGCCCUGCCCUGGGCCCCCUCUGUCACCAGCGGCGGGGCCGACAUGUGCCUAUGACCAUGGAGAUGAAGGACUCGGGCAGCGUGGUGCUGACAGCCUACCACCCGCACAGCCCGGCCAGGAUCCCGGGCAUGGAGCAGAGCUUUGUGCAGGAUAUCCCCCCCAGCCAUUCGCCCAGCAGCAGAAAGUCUCUCUCUCGCUGUCGAAGAAUUAACAGGAUGCUUUCCAAUGAGUCAGUACCUCCUGCCUUCAGUCGCUCCAAUUCACAGGCCUCCAUGGACAGCACUUCCAUGGAGGACUUCUGGUGUGAAGUAGAGAGCAUCAAGGAGAGCAGAGAAGAUGGAUCAGAAGAAGCAAUGCUCUUGGAGUUCAAACCUGCUGAUGAAGGGGAGCUGGAGGCAGAAUGGCUGCAAGACGUAGGUUUAUCCACGUUGAUCUCAGGAGCUGAGGAGGAGGAUGGCCAAGCCCUGCUGUCCACUCUGACCAGAACUCAAGCUGCUGCUGUACAGAAGAGGUACAACACCUACACUCAGACCCUGAGAAAGAAGAACAAGCACACAGUCCGGGAUGUGCGAGACAUCUUUGGCACUGGUGACUCUUCUCCCACAUUUGAGACAGUUCCAGUGUCACCAGUAUCUUCUAAUGGUAUCCAGCUUCCUGGGCAGAAGCCAGUUUGGAAAUCAGUUAGCUCUAAGAGCUGUCUAGACUGUGGCAUAGAUAAAGGCAGCCCAUCCAUAACAGAAGAGCUCUCCUAUGAUAUCUCUUUCUCAGAAUCCAUUACAGUCCUUCCAAAAACCCAAGAGUGGCCCAAAAACCAGAGGUUCAAAAAGGAAGACUCAGCUUUGCCAAAAUUCAUUGUUCGGAAAAGCCGUUUUGGACUGACAGAGGUUGGGGACCUCUCUCCUGAAGACAUGAAGAAGAUCCGCUACCUCUCCCUGAUCGAGCUCACGGCCUUCUACGACGCGCUGGGCGUGGAACUGAAGAGGAACCGCUUGGAGAGGGUGCGGGGACGAGAGAAUGGUCUUUUCGGUGUCCCUCUCACUGUAUUGUUGGAGAAUGAUCAAAAGAAGGUUCCUGGAAUAAAAGUACCCCUUAUCUUCCAAAAACUGCUGCUCAAGCUUGAGGAAACAGGUUUGGAAACUGAAGGAAUUCUACGGGUUCCUGGAUCUGCCUCCAGAGUCAAGAAUCUCCAUCAAGAACUUGAGGCAAAAUUUUAUGAAGAUACUUUUGACUGGGACCAAGUACGAAAUAAUGAUGCAGCGGGACUGCUGAAAAUGUUUAUUAGAGAACUCCCAAGCCCACUCUUCACAGUAGAAUAUCUGCCUGCAUUCAUCACACUUGUAGAAAAAAUCUCCAAGAUCAAGUUACAACUACAAGCUUUGCAUCUGUUGAUCAUGCUGAUGCCUGAAGCCAACAGAGACACAGCCAAGGCCUUUCUUCAGUUCCUGAAGAAGGUGGUUGCUAAUGAAGGGAAAAACAAGAUGAGUUUGUGGAACGUGUCUAUGAUUGUUGCACCAAACCUCUUCAUCUACAAAGGGAAGCGUGCAAACCAACAAGAAAUGCAAGCAGCCGCCACCACCGCGCACAUUGUGAGGCUUUUAAUCCGGUACCAGGACAUCCUGUGGACAGUCCCAUACUUCCUUAUUUCCCAAGUGAGAAAAAUGAACGAGGCAGCAAUGAACAACAGCAAGAGACAGUUGAUGUUUGACAAAGGAGUGAGAAAACUUCUGAGGAGAAAGACCAUGGAACGGGAGAGACCUGAAAGACCAGAGGGAGCUGUCACUUUUCCUCCAUACUUGCAGUCUGACAUACCCGAGGGGGUGAUAAGAGUUUAUGCUCCACUGCAUUCAAAAGUCUCUAUGGCAAUUCAACUCAACAGCCAAACAAAAGCCAAAGACAUCCUGGCUCGAUUCCACUGUGAAAACAGCCGUGGAUCAUCACAGAAUGUGAGAGGCCAGAUCCAAAGUUUACAUGAAAUUGGAGGAAAUAUAGGUCAGCACUGUUUGGAUCCAGAUGCGUUCAUGCUAGAUGUCUACCGUGCAAAUCCUCAGGCAGAAUGGGUGAUAAAACCAAAAGCCAGCUGAAGCAGAAGGCAGCAGUAUACUGGACAAAAAGCCAAACGGACAAGAGUGAUGCCUGUCAUUUUAAGCAGCUCUUGCAGAGACACAACAAAAUGGUAGCUACAGGAUAUCAUUCCUUCCUACUGUACUGUCCAACUGAUGGUCAGCACAUAGUACUUUUGGUAUUCCAGUUUCCAAACCAUCGGAAAAAUAUCACAUUAGUUAUGCUUUCAUAUGGAUUACACUUGUGCCACUGGCCCAGGAGGUGAGGAGGGCAGACCAAGGUACGGUGUUCGUUUCCUGACCUGGUGUUAGAACAAUUUUUGGAAAUAAUGCAGUGGCAUCAGAUGAAUGAACCACUACUGACCACAGCAUAACACAGAAGCAUGACAGAGACAUUGGAGAAGGGAAGGUGUCUGUCAGGCAUGGAAGGUGGAAACUCAACAUGCAGUAGUGCCAAGACAGCUGUGUGAAACCCAAACCUUUCUCCUGAAAGUAAAUCCAUACAGUGUGUGUUACUGCAAUACUGGUGUCUCUCAGUCACUCCCCAUGAGUACCUGAUACUGGGGGUGGGAGACAGGAGGAGGAACUAUAGACAGCUGUACUGCUCAAUUUAUGUACCACUCUAUAGCUCACUACCAGUCUUCCAAAAUCAUCCCUCUGGAUCCCUCAGCUGUGUGCAAUUGUAAUGCCAGAAACCACACUUCCUUCCCUUUCCCUCUCACACUAGUUUCAGGAGACAAAGGCUUAGGUGAGAAGGGGCAUAUGCCCCUCGCUCUGCCUUUUACUUGAUACUCUCAGAAUAAAAUCUGUGGAAUGACAGACUGUGAGAUGUGUUAAUGGUGCCGCUUACAGUCCUCACCUUUUUUGUUAAACAUUAUAGUUUCUAAUUUGUAACCUAAUUAUUUUUAUUUUGUUUAUUUUAGCUUUAAUAUGUAAGCAAUUUUUAUAUUCUUCAGCAGCAUCAACAAGAGAGAUCUUUGUUCAGGACUUGUAUAAUACAGCAUGGAGAAGAAACAGGGCUUCCAAUGAGAAAAGGGAUUUAAUAAUUUACACAUUAGGUCUUUAAAACCGUAGCCAAUCCAGGCCCAGUUGUGCUGGGGGUUUUACAAAUACACAGCAAAUUGCCGCUGGCAUGCAGUCUAAGCAAACACACUGACUGACGAGAACAGUGGGCUGCAGCUGCAUUGGGAAUGUCAGGAUUUCUGAUUUAGAGCUAGUCACAAGAGCAAGCAGUGCUCUUCACUCAGUCAUCUCACUUUGGUCUAUGAUGAACUAAAAGAGGUUUGUUAAGUAGGGAAAUCACAAAUCUCUGGAAAAGAGCAAGUAUUUUUUUCAUCUCUCAUAUGCAGUAAGUGGGAACCAAUGCCUUCAACUGCACUGCCAUGUCCCCAUCAUUAGAUGAUGAUGUUGUGCAGUGAAACCACCCCUAGCCUGAGCAAUAGUUUUUGUUCCUGAUCUGGACAUAGGGAUGAGGCAGAAGCUCUGUUUAUUACAUAGCAAUUUAAAAGCACUCUGAACCAAGUCCUCCAGGUGAACAUAAAGUCCGCUAUCCUCUGGAGAAAGUCUGUAACUCGUGAUGCUUUGCUGAAACUGUGCAAUGAGGAUCUGAACCAGAAGGAGAGCCUCUAAAAUGUGUUGAGUUAAUUGUGUUCUCCAGUAGUUAACUUUCAUUGUUAGUGGUCAGUGAAAGAAAACAACAUUGAAUCAGUAAUUUUACCAGCAGCAAUAACAUCUACAGAGGGCAGACCCUGUCUUCUUUCUUAUCUUCUUGAUAAAAAAAUUAGCAACAUUAGCAAACAGUGACAUUUUUAACUUUCUGGUUGUUUUGGCUUUUUGUUUGUUUUUU